CCUCUCAGAACUGAACCAAAACAACAUUGUUCCUGGAGCAUCCUCUUUUUAAGAAAGGUAGAACUUUAGACUUCAUAGCACUGAAUUAACCUGCACUGAAAGCUGUUUACCUGCAGUUGUUCACUUUUGUUGAAAGUGACCAUGUCUCAAGUUCAAGUGCAAGUUCAGAACCCAUCUGCUGCUCUCUCAGGGAGCCAAAUACUGAACAAGAACCAGUCUCUUCUCUCACAGCCUUUGAUGAGUAUUCCUUCUACUACUAGUUCUCUGCCCUCUGAAAAUGCAGGUAGACCUAUUCAAAACUCUGCUUUACCCUCUGCAUCUAUCACAUCCACCAGUGCAGCUGCAGAAAGCAUAACUCCUACUGUAGAACUAAAUGCACUGUGCAUGAAACUUGGAAAAAAACCAAUGUACAAGCCUGUUGACCCUUACUCUCGGAUGCAGUCCACCUACAACUACAACAUGAGAGGAGGUGCCUAUCCCCCGAGGUACAUUUACCCAUUUCCAGUUCCACCUUUACUGUAUCAAGUUGAACUUUCUGUGGGAGGACAGCAGUUUAAUGGAAAAGGAAGGACAAGACAGGCUGCGAAACACGAUGCUGCUGCUAAAGCACUGAGGAUCCUGCAGAACGAGCCCCUUCCGGAGCGGCUGGAGGUGAAUGGAAGAGAAUCGGAAGAAGAAAAUCUUAAUAAAUCUGAAAUAAGUCAAGUGUUUGAGAUUGCACUUAAACGGAACAUGCCUGUGAAUUUUGAGGUUGCCCGGGAGAGUGGGCCACCACACAUGAAGAGUUUUGUGACCAAGGUCUCAGUUGGAGAGUUCAUAGGGGAAGGGGAAGGCAAGAGCAAGAAGAUUUCAAAGAAAAAUGCUGCCAUAGCUGUUCUUGAGGAGCUGAAGAAGUUACCUCCCCUCCCUACAGUUGAACGAGUGAAGCCCAGAAUCAAAAAGAAAACAAAGUCCAUAGUCAAACUCCAUGCAGGCCCGGAAUACGGGCAAGGGAUGAAUCCCAUUAGCAGACUGGCCCAGAUCCAGCAAGCAAAGAAGGAGAAAGAGCCGGAAUACCUGCUCCUGACUGAGAGAGCCCUGCCGCGCCGCAGGGAGUUUGUGAUGCAGGUGAAGGUGGGAAACCACACUGCCGAAGGAGCCGGCACCAAUAAGAAGGUGGCCAAACGCAACGCAGCUGAGAACAUGCUGGAGAUCCUUGGUUUCAAAGUUCCGCAGACUCAGCCCGCCAAGCCAGCACUCAAGUCAGAGGAGAAGACACCAAUAAAGAAACCAGGGGAUGGAAGAAAAGUGACCUUUUUUGAACCUGGCUCUGCAGAUGACAAUGGAACUAGUAAUAAGGAAGAUGAGUUUAGGAUGCCUUAUCUUAGUCAUCAGCAGCUGCCUGCUGGAAUUCUUCCCAUGGUGCCCGAGGUUGCCCAGGCUGUGGGUGUCAGUCACGGACAUCACACCAAAGAUCUCAGCAGGGCAGCUCCAAAUCCUGCCAAGGCCACAGUGACUGCCAUGAUAGCCCGGGAGUUGCUGUAUGGCGGCACUUCGCCCACAGCUGAGACCAUUGUAAAGAAUAACAUCUCUUCAGGACACAUACACCACGGACCUCUCCUGAGACCCUCGGAGCAAUUGCAGUAUCUCUCCAGAGUCCAGGGAUUCCAGGUUGAAUACAAAGAUUUCCCAAAAAACAACAAGAAUGAGUUUGUAUCGCUAAUCAAUUGCUCCUCGCAGCCGCCUCUGAUCAGCCAUGGCAUCGGAAAGGAUGUGGACUCCUGUCACGAUAUGGCGGCACUGAACAUACUGAAGUUGCUGUCUGAGUUGGACCAACAAAGUGCAGAGAUGCCGAGAACAGGAAAUGGGCCUUUGUCUGUGUGUGGGAGGUGCUGAACCUUUGCUGGCCACGAACCAUUAUCAAAUCCCAACAUAUAUACUGAAAAUACUGAAACUGCUUUGAAAAUUUGGAAUUUCUGAUACCUCCAGUGGGCUGAGACAUGACAGACUGGACCCAUCAGCGGCGAGGAAGACGGGGGCUCAGGAGGCAGCUGUGGCUGUGAGGGAGUGGGCUGUGAUUUGUUGUAUUGG